GAGACUUAAGAAACCUGUGAGGAAAAUGCCAAAGAAUUAUUUUUAAAAGAAAAAAAGUGUCUUUGGACUUUUUUUAAAAAAAAUGAGAAAAUUUGUUGACUAGGAGUUUUUCAGAACUUGAAAAAUUCUUCAUAAAGAAAGAUUGCUUUUGCUUAUGUACAUUAUUUUCAAGUUUUACACUAUGUCUGGAAAAAAAGAUGAUGCUUUCAACAUCAACUCUUAAAAGUUUGUAAAUUGGGUGAAUAAGACGAAGAUAUGUUCAAGAACUUUAACUGAUCAUAGCCUGGUGUGGAUCGAAUUGGAGCAGGAAAAGGAAGCUAGAAGUUACAGGAAACAAGUAAUACUUCAAUGAAUGGAAUAACUGAUGAAGCAUUUCCCAUCACUGAAUUUGACUACGAUGGUGCAGUAGCACCAUGCCAUUCUGUGGGUUUGCAAACAUUUAUUUCCAAUGUCCUGCCAGCAUUUUAUUCUUUGGUAUUCAUCUUUGGCCUUGUGGGCAAUGUACUGGUUGUACUGGACCUAAUCAAAUAUAAGAAGAUUAAGAGCAUGACAGAUAUAUAUCUGUUAAAUUUAGCCAUCUCUGAUCUGCUCUUCAUUUUUUCACUUCCCUUUCGGAUUUAUUAUUCAAUAGAUGACUGGAUAUUUGGAGACACAAUAUGCAAAAUUUAUGCUGGGAUCUUUUUUUUACGCUUCUACAGUGGAAGUUUUUUCAUUGUCCUCUUGACCAUUGAUCGAUAUUUAGAUAUAGUUUAUUCAGCAUCUGCAUUAAAAUCCCAAACUAUAUGCUAUGGUAUCAUUACAAGCAUUCACACAUGGGGCCUCGCAAUUUUAGUCUCUUCACCAGGAUUAGUUUUUUUCAGAUUACAGGUGGAAAACUAUAAGAAAUCUUGCACUUCUAAUUUUCCACACGAAAGUCAUUUUGCAUGGAACAACUUUUUUAUACUGAAAAUGUUCUUCAUAGGUCUGAUUUUUCCAAUGAUGAUUGUGGCCUUCUGCUAUGCGCGCAUUUUAAGUACCCUGUUAAAAUCUAGGAAUGUGAAGAACAAAACAGCCUGGCUUAUUUUCAUCAUCAUGGUUACUUAUUUCCUCUUCUGGACCCCGAACAACAUUGUUUUUGUGCUUCAGUUAUUUCAUACUUCAUUUUUUGCUGACAACUGUGACAAUUUAAAGAGAAUGAAUAUAGCAUUGCAACUGACUGAAACACUUGCAGUAGCUCAUUGUUGUAUCAAUCCUUUGAUCUAUGCUUUUGCUAGUGAGAAGAUUAAAAAAUAUGUUAUCAGCUUUUUCCAGCCAUGAAAUUCCUGUAUUUUCCUGUAUAAAGAUCCUCUGGAAAGAACAGUUUCACAUAUUGAUAUUCUAUUGGAAAUGAAGACAUUUCAGCAAUUUUACAGAAUAUAUGUGUAGAGAAAAAUAUCAUUUAGUUUUAAGGAUCAAGUCACUUUUAACACAAAAGCUAUUUUUGUGUUAGAAGACCAGAUUCUUUUGUGUUAGAAGACCAGAUUCUGUGGGUUUGCAAACAUUUGUUUCCAAUGUCCUGUCAGCAUUUUAUUCUUUUGUAUUUAUCUUUGGCCUUGAGAGCAAUGUGCUGGUUGUACUCGACCUCAUCAAAUAUUAAGAGCAUGACAGAUAUAUAUUUAUUAAAUUUAGCCAUCUCUGAUCUGCUCAUUUUUUCAUUCCUCUUUCAGAUUUAUUAUUCAAUACAUGAUUGGAUAUUUGGAGACACAAUAUGCAAAAUUUAUACUGGGAUCUUUUUUUUUUACGCUUCUACAGUGGAAGUUUUUUCAUUGUCCUCUUGACCAUUGAUCAAUAUUUAGAUAUAGUUUAUUCAGCAUCUGUUUUGGUGAUGUUAGUUUACGAAUUAUUUAUGAAUAUCACGUGCAGUUCAAAUUGACAUAUUAUAGAUUUGAGUACUCUGCACAUAGUGAAAAGAAUCAAUUCUUUGCUUGAGCAAAACAUAUUAUAUAUACCCUACCACAUCUGAGAUAUAUUUAAAAUAUAUUUUAUAGCAGGACACAUUUGAUAAUUCUAACUUCAGAGUGUUUCAAUUCACUUUUUGAAAAAAAAAUAAGUACUUUAUCUUUUCUAAAUAUACUGAGGCUGUAGUUCUAUUAAUAUGUUUGGUAGUGUUAGUGUAAGUCUCCAGGAACUUACUUAAGUUUUACUUUUGUAUAAUCCAGAAAUAGGUUACAUUAUCAAUGCUGUAUUUGUACACUAUUCUGAUAUUGCAGAUUUCCUAUAUUACUCUAUAAAGAUGGACCCAGUCCAAGUUUGUGUUUCAAAAAAUUACUAAACUAUCGAUUUGGAUGGCAGCAAAGGUUAUCUAGCAUGAGAAUGUUUGGAAAUGUGUUGAUUGUAGGAGGAAAGGUCCUUCAAAGUUGUUAUAUCCCAUCAACAUGUAUAAUUCCUCCUGUAGGUAUUUUUUUUUAACUAGGAAAAGUAGUUUUUAAAAUAUUAUUUUAAUAGAAUUGUCUUAGCAGUAGUUUGAUGAAAAACUUAGUAUUGGUGCAACAAUUAUAGCAAAUAUUGUUUGUGUAUAUUUUGGGUUCUUGAAAAAUUAAUGUUUUGAUUCUAUACAAUUCAUAGGAUAUUGGGGCAGCUUAUUCCUUUAUAAUAUGAUAUACUAUUCAUUGCCAACAAAUAAAAUUAGUUCCCCAUCCAAUGGAGAAAGCAAUCCAACUUCAGAAUAGUAUCCCUAUAUGCCAGGGCCAAUUCUAAUUGGAAGUAUGGUUUCCCCAACUAUUUUAAAGAUUUUAGUCAUAGCACUGGAUGACCAUCCAUUGAGUCGAUUAAAUCAUUACUCUACUAAGGAUGACCUUCAUUAGGUUUUCAUUCCCUCAAACAAGCAUUUCUGGAACAUCUCUACUCAGGGACCAAAACUCACCCACUGAGGGGUCUUUGUAAAAUAGUUAUUUCCUCACACAAUGCAACUUUUAAAGUUAACACAUGUUGGCUGGACAUCCAUUUUGAUGGAAAGAAAGUGAAUAAAAUAGAAAUCGGUGUGUGUGUGUGUGUGUGUGUGUGUGUGUGUGUGUGUGUGAGAGAGAGAGAGAGAGAGAGAGAGAGAGAGAGAAAUCAUACAGAGAUUAUAUAAAAUAAAGUGAAAUAUUCUUAGUAAUUUUCAACAAUUGGUUGUUUUUCAUUUAUUGUUUUAGGCCAGGGGUGUCAAACUCGCCUUGUCAUGUUGUCACAUGAUGUAUCGCAAUUUUUUUUCCCUUUGCUAAACUGGGGGUGGGCAUGGCCAGCACAUGACAAAUCCAGCCCGUGAGUUUGACACCCGUUUUAGGCUAAAGGAAAGUCCACAAAUUGUUGUAUUUGACCUGAAAAUAUCACUUAAGUAUGAAUAAGUUUAUAUUUCAUUUUAAUUUUACAGUAUUGCUUAGAAUUAUUAUUUCUAACAGAAAGAAAAGCAUUACAUUCUAAUACUUCAAACUAUGCACAUAUGCUGAAAACUAGCAACUAUUCCUCCACAUUUUAAAAUAGACUUUAUGUCAUCAUCAUCAUCAUCAUCAUCAUCAUCUUAGCCAUUGUCUAUCCACUGCAGGAUGAAGGCCUCUUCCAUACGUUUUCAACUAAUAUGUCCUGAGCUUUUUUUUUGCCAAUUGCUUUAAUAAAUAGAGUGUUGGAAGAAAAAUCCAUCCGGUUCAGUUCCAAGCUGGGAGAAAGACCAUGGAAACAUGGAGGCUGUUAGAAAGAUGGUUUAUUGAUGAAGCAGAACACAUGUGAUUCUGGGCAGCUGACAAAAUGGAGUUGAGAGUGGGGGUUGGUGGGUUAUACCUUCCUUGGGCUUUGUAUUUGAGCUUCCUCUUCCUGUGCAAGAACAUAUCUAAUAUUCUAUUGGCUGUUGUCAGAUUCCUAUAGGGGUAAUGUAGGGGUUAUGUAGGGAUCAUAGCUGGCUCUAUAGGGAAAAGAGGAAAUGCAAAUCCUAGGUGUUUGUCUGAGCUAAUCAGGUCAACCUCUGGCUUAUUGUUUAUUAGUUCCAAGGUUUCUGUGACUUUGAAGAUUGGACUGCUCAAUGAAGGGGCUUGUGUUCUGAAAGGGUGUUGUGCAAUUCCUAUUAUGGCUAAUGGCUUUCGUCCUGUGAUUGAUCUUGCAUGAGGGGCUGCUUCUAAUUCUAUCACUGUGUUUUUGGUAGCUGUCAAACUUUGCUGCAAGCAGUUUCAAAAUAUCCUGUCUUGAAUGGAUUUCUGCCUGCAGUAUAUGCUUUGCUUAUGAAUAGUGCCAUCUAGAUAGUUGGAUUCGUCUUUCAAUAAGCUCUUUAAUCUCUUAAAUGCUGGCAUCUGCUGUGGGCUAUUAAGAAAGACUUGGGGGCUGCUUCCUGCCUCUAAAAACAUGUUUCUCCAUUUCUCAUUUAGGGAAAUAUAAUAUUCUGCCUUUUUAAAUAUUCCUCAAAAUAUUUCAUUCUUCUAGAGGGCUUUUUCCCCCCACAACAGGAAAGCAGAAAAUAAGAUUAAAUAGAUAAUUUUCACAAUAUAAGAACAUGUAAGGUGUUCUUCCAAUUAUGCAUUUUGGAAUAUUGUGUUGGAAGAAAUCUCCAUCUGGGUUCAGGUCCAAGUGGGGAGAAAGACACUGGAAACAUGGAAGCAGUUUGGAAAGAUGGUUUAAUGGUGGAGAAGACUACAUGGUUUGAGGUCCUGGCCAAUCGAGCACAUGGGAAGGAGUGGGAGGGAGAGAGAAAGAGGGAGAUAGAUAGAUAGAUACCUUCUCUUGGGCCCCGCCUUGGAGCUUCCUGUUCCUGUGUAAGAAAUGUAUUCUGAUGGGCUGUCAGACUCCCAUGCAGGGGUAACUUUGUAGGUUGUCUUAAGUCCCAGGCUUGGUUGAAUCUUGCUGGGUGAUGUAAUGAAGGAGCUUUGGGCAAUUCCUAUUAUGGCUUAAUGGUUUUGUCCUGGUUUGGAUCUUGAAUGAGGGCUAAUUCUAUCAUGUCCUGAGGGUAAAGGUCUUAGAACCAGUAGUAAAAAUUCUGGCUGCUCCACCCCCUCACUCCUCUUCUUGUCCACUCACCCGGCAUAGCUGCUGCUGCUCUCGGUGUGAUUCCCUCGCUUGUCUCGACCACAUGGUCUCUGCGGGCCAGCCAGCUUGCUUGCCUUCACCCCGGCCUCCGACAUGGCCCAGAUACCUGCCGAGCCUUCCUUUGCCGUUCUCCACUCCUCCAACCCGGCCCAGCUACUUGCCUGUCUGGUGAGCCUUCCUUCACCUCUUUGCUGGCAGAAAUGGCCUGUUAUAGGGCCUUCCUAGGGCUCCCCCGGCCUGUUACAGGCUGAAAUGGGGAGUUCCUGGGCCCAAUUCACCCGUCUGGGCUCCGUCUGGGCCUUCCUAGGUCUCCCCUGGCCUGUUACAGGCUGAAAUUGAGAGUUCCUGGGCCCAAUCUGCCCUCCCCACCCCAAUUCCCAUGGCUUUACUGUACUUACUUUUUGAAGAGCUGCAGAAAAAGCUGAGCCACGUGGCAGAGAAGCCAAAGUAUUUUAUUCAGAAGCGGUGAAGCUGUAAGAACAUGAGAUGUAAUGAAAACAGCUUUCCCCAUCUGAAUAAAAAGUCUUUGGCUUCUCUGCCAUGAGGGCCUGCAGGUUUUACCCAAUCUGGUCAGGCUUAGUUUGGGCCUGCUUGCUGCUGACUGGCUAGUUCGAAUGAGCAGCUUCAGAGAUUGGGGCAUGACAGCCAAUCAACAAGGGCCUUGCAUUUCAGCCUGAUGAGACAAAGGAAGCUACCUCCCCUUUCAUUGGUUGCUGCUGUUGCUGCCUCAAUCCCUGAAGCAGGGAGCUGCUGCUUCUAGGCCUAGGCCUGCUGGCCACAUGGCCCCAGCUGGAGUGUUUUAUUCAAGCUGGUGAAAAUGUUUUCCUUAGAUUUCACAUUCUUACACCUUCACCAUCAUCUGAAUAAAAUACUUUGGCUUCUCUGCCAGUGGGUCAGCCUCUUCUGAACCUCUGGAGAUCUUCAAAAAAGUAAGAUCUUCAAAAAGUAAGUAAUAAAAUAAAUGGCAUGAUUAACGUUUCUAUUAUUUUCAGUGGGAAGUAAAGAUAAUUAAAUUAGCAUGAAUGUAACCUAUUAUGAUUAUGUUUAAAAAUAUAAAAGAACUAUAUGUUAAAAAUGUCCCUGAUUUGCAAAUCAUUUAUGUCCAUCCUUUGAUUUUUGUAGCAAAUUGUAUAUUUUUGUUUUAAUAAAAGUGAAUAUUCAUUGAGAAUCAA